AUGCUUUAUUCCCUCUGUGAUAAUCGUUUUAAACUGUGGAAGAAAACUAAAAUUCUGAUUGACCAAGAUGUGGUAAAAGCGGAACAAAAUUGUGAUGGAUACAAGGAGGAAGGCGAUUUCUUCCACAUUGCAAUAGCACCAGUAUUACUGAUUACGCAGUUCUUUGGUGUCUUUCCAUUGAGCAGUGUAAUGCAAAAUUUUCCUGAGAAGCUAGUCAACAAACCUCCCAGUAUAACUCGAUUCAUCAGUGGAAUAGUUAUUUUCGGUGGAUUUUCAAUAUCAAUACUGAGUGUAUCGAAGUUGGGCGCGAACGGAUUGAACAUCAUCAACGUAGCAGAGCCAAUCUUUUUCGGAAUCUCCACUACGGGCACUGUAUUGUUUUGGAAACUUGCUACGCAAUGGAAGUCGUUGAUUAUGAUGUGGUCCGAAACGGAACUAACAUUUCUGAAAAAGCCUCUUCGUGACAAAAUAUUACGAAGAAAAAUUCGCUCGGUAGCCACUAGACUUCUUCUACUUGGACUGGUCGAGCACAUUCUCUCCGUGAUGAACAAUGUCAGCAAUUUAAAGAAAGAAAUUGUUGACUGCAAUUAUAACAUCACCGAUCCUGUAAAGUACUAUUCCCUAAAAACCUUCAGUACUGUGUUUCAUGCCAUACCAUACAACAUACCAACAGCUAUUUAUAAUGAGUACGUCGUUCUAUCGAUGACACUCGCCUGGAACUUUGUCGAUCUGUUCAUAAUGCUGGUAAGCAUAGGACUAUCCACCCGAUUCACCCAACUCAACUGUCGUAUCUUGGGCGGUAUCGAAGCGCGGGAACCAACAUCGGAGCGAUUCUGGGAACAGAUACGACUACACUAUGUAUCGCUCUGUGAGCUAACCGAGGUCGUGAAUAGUGCCGUAAGCCGACUCGUGUUCAUAUCGUACGCCAACGACGUAUAUUUCAUCUGUCUACAAAUCAUGAACGCCAGCCAGGAGCUCCCACUGUUGAUCAACAAAGUUUAUUUCUCCUUCUCGUUCCUGUUCCUACUAAUGCGGUCAUUUCUGAUGUUCUGGUUCAGCUCACAGGUUCAGGAAGCUAGUCACGAGCCAUGUAAAUUGAUCCUGAGGGUACCCAACGAAGAGUAUGGAGAAGAGCUACAACGAGUGCAAAUGUAUGCCAAGCGAGGUGUUAGCCUCAACGGGAUGGGAGUAUUUCUCGUGUCCAGACGAAUUCUGCUAACGAUUGCAAGUACGAUUGCCACCUACGAACUGGUUAUAUUGGCCUACAGGAGGAAGUCUUAUGAUCAAUCUAACCGCACCUCGUGCGAUUCUCUGCAGCUGUUCUAAUGCGUUGGUUAUCAACAAACCUAUCUAAAUUGACCCCAACAGAAAGGGGGAAAACGUAUAUAAACUGUACCCAAUGGUGUUGACGGGAAGUACUUGGCAAAAUGCAUCUAGAUUCAUUCAACAAUGCAAU